GGGGGGGGGAGAGAGAAAAAGAAAUCUUUCUGGCUCUCAAUCCCUUCCUUGCACUUCCCGGCGAAAAAACUCAAAAAAAGCAACAGAUUUCAUUCAUGUGAUCUGCAUGGCAAGGUAAUUAAAAUUUAAGACCUAGCCUACCUCAACAAAUUCUCCCAAACAUUAUGUAAAUACAUGGGGUCUAUAUAUAUACAUGAGCUCCCACUGGGGCUCAAAGAAUAUUGUGAAUCAGUCAACUCGAUUAUAAUGCGCUAAAACGUGGCAUAAUCACGCCCGUAGCCAUUUGGGAAUCAAGUCACGUUAGCGCGUGCUGUGUUCUCUCUGAGAUUUGGUGGCCUUCAAAUGAAAAACAAAAUCGUAAUGGCAUCAACUAAGGCUGUUUACCAGUUUUUAGCUUUUCUUGCUCUUUCUGCGAUUAUUCAGGCCGGGGAAUGUCACGCCGUAAGCGUAAAUUUAUCUGCGCCGCAAACGUUUAUCUGGAGCCUCUUCGACGAAUUUGGCUCAAACAAUUCCAUGAACUCACAACAGUUUAACUCACUGCUCAAGGAACUUAACAUCGGCUCGUCUUCAAGCGAACAGGCCAGCGGGAAUGGCAAGUCCAAGUGUUAUACAGCAAAGGAACUGUUUGAAUCCUUUUCUGUUGACUCCAGUGGAUUGAAUCUGGAUAAAUUUGAAAAAGUCUGCCCAGCGAUAGUGCAGCAAAUUGAAAGUAAAGCUUGUUUGGAUGAGAGUGAGGAACACGAAGAAGAUAAAACGGAAAAUACUGCCCGGGCAUGGGGAUUCGGGUUCUUGUCUGCGGCAAUCAUCAGCUUAGCAUCUCUACUUGGAGCUUUUGUUGUCCCAUUCAUGAACCAAUCAAUUUACAAAAUUCUGCUGUUGUUUAUGGUGUCGCUUGCUGUUGGUGUACUGAGUGGGAAUGGAUUCUUUCAUCUUAUUCCGCACACGUUUCAUUUACAUGGCCUUGAAAAUUUGUGGAAAAGUUUGGUGAUUGUCGGUGGGAUCUAUUUGUUUUUUCUCCUCGAAUAUGUCAUGAAAAUGAUCGUCAGAUUCAAAGAGAAGUCUGCAUCGGAAAAAAAGGAAGGAUUGGAGGCAAGAAAUCCCAAGGCUGAAGUCCCUGGUACAGCCAUCGCCGAAGUUCAGCUCCAACUUUAUAACCAGGAUCAUCAUUUCUCGAAUCGUAAUAUGGGAGUGAGUACUGACUUGGCCGAUUUCCAGAAUGGGUCAGCGGAGAAAAAGGGGCUCAAUGAACAGCAAGAGGUUAUUGUGAACACUGGUGGAAAGAAAAAAGUGGCCCCUGUUGCUUGGAUGAUAAUCAUCGGUGACGCCCUUCAUAACUUUAUUGACGGCUUGGCCAUUGGAGCAUCAUAUUCCAGUUCAACAAUUAAUGGUGUCAGCACCUCAUUGGCGAUAUUCUGUGAAGAACUACCACACGAACUUGGUGAUUUUGCGAUUCUUCUCAAUGCUGGCAUGUCGUACAAAAUGGCAAUGGCAUUCAACUUUCUCUCGGCAUGUUCCUGUUUUUUGGGGCUGGUCAUUGGUUUGGUACUGGGUACUAAAACAUCGGCCGUCGAAUGGAUCUAUCCCCUUGCUGGAGGAAUGUUUGUGUACAUUUCAUUGGUGGACAUGCUGCAAGAAGCUACUGAGAUGUCCGCUAAACUUGGGCAAAAUUCACUUGGAAAGAACCUCAAGAUGUUUGCCCUUCAGAAUUUUGCCACCCUGUUUGGCUUUGUCAUUAUGUUCAUACUGGCUGUGUAUGAGGAGCAAAUUUCUUUGGAGUAGAAUCAUCUACUAGCCUGAUGAUACUAGAUGACACUAGAUGAUGUCAUAAAAAUUUAGACAUUUUUAAAAGAAUGUUUCUCAUAGUUAGUUGGUUGUUAACAAAUUUUCGAGAAACUUUCCAGUCUCCAUAAGCACCUUAGAUUUUAGAAUACGACUCGUGCGGCAUUAAAAGAAACCAUCUAUAACUUUGAGGCUAACCAACCCUAACAUCGCUUUUGCUUUCAAUCAUUGGCUGAACAUUCCAGGUCAUCUUUCUUCUGACUGGAAAGAUCGAUAGCAAACCGAAUAGCUUGUUCAUUGGUAUAUAUUACGUUGGGCCCGGGGUUUAAACCUCAGUGUAAUGCUCAUUAUUUUUAUUUCAUAGCGGAGAUUUUAAAUCAUGCGUUUAGUCGAAUUAUCGUUUGACGCCUAAUCAAAAUAGCUGUCGACAGUUGUCCAUAUUGUACGCGCAUGAUGUAGGUCUGUUUAUCAUUUAAGCGUAGCUGAUGUUUUUCAUGAAGGUGUACAUGGGCGAGCUAGGAUCCCAUGCAGUGAUUAGUUAGGUUUGCGUUGAUUUCUCAGCUAUCCGUUAAAAUGUCAAUCCAUUUCUAAGCUAUCAGUUAAGCCCCAUCCAGACCCUUUAUCAUUGCUGGAAAAAAGUACUAAUUUCCAAACAGCAUAGUCUGAGAUAUCUUAUGUAUUCCUCCAUCCAUUACUGAUAACUGAGUAUUGGUCUAGACCUUAUCUGUCAACCCAGAAAUUUUGCGUUUUGUAUCUGUGAUAGCUGAGAUUUGUCAAAUUUUAACUUAUAGCCGGGAAAAUCUAAGCAAAAAAAUCUAAUUGAAAAGUGACGUUUAAUUCAACACCGCCCGUCCCCUACCCGGUCCCCCCUCCCAAUCUAGAUCCAAGGUUUAUAUUUGUAAAAUAAAAUUUGGGGACGUUUGAAAAUUA